GAAGGUGAACGAAAGAUGGCGGCGGAAACGCUGCUGUCCAGUCUGUUGUGGCUGCUGCUUCUGGGGCUCCUAUUACCCGCAAGUCUGACUGACAGUGUCGGCAGCCUGAAUCUAGAGGAGCUGAGUGAGAUGCGUUAUGGGAUCGAGAUCCUGCCAUUGCCUGUCAUGGGAGGGCAGAGCCAAGCUUCCGACGUGGUGAUUGUCUCCUCUAAGUACAAACAGCGCUAUGAAUGUCGCCUGCCAGCUGGAGCUAUUCACUUCCAGCGUGAAAGGGAGGAGGAGGCACCUGCUUACCGAGGGCCUGGGAUCCCUGAGUUGUUGAGCCCAAUGAAAGAUGCUCCUUGCCUGCUGAAGACCAAGGACUGGUGGACGUAUGAAUUCUGUUAUGGACGCCACAUCCAGCAGUACCACAUGGAAGAUUCAGAGAUCAAAGGUGAAGUCCUCUAUCUCGGCUACUACCAAUCGGCCUUCGACUGGGAUGAUGAGACAGCCAAGGCCUCCAAGCAGCAUCGCCUGAAACGCUACCACAGCCAGACCUAUGGCAAUGGAUCCAAGUGUGACCUCAAUGGGAGGCCACGGGAGGCCGAGGUUCGGUUCCUCUGUGACGAGGGUGCUGGUAUUUCUGGGGACUACAUUGAUCGUGUGGAUGAGCCCUUGUCCUGCUCUUAUGUGCUGACCAUUCGGACACCUCGGCUGUGCCCCCACCCUCUGCUCCGGCCCCCACCCAGUGCCGCCCCCCAGGCCAUUCUCUGUCACCCUGCUCUGCAGCCUGAGGAGUACAUGGCCUACAUUCAGAGGCAAGCUGUAGACUCCAAGCAAUAUGGGGAUAAAGUCCUUGAGGAGCUGCAAGACCUGGAGCCGCACAUGUGGAGCGAGGUCCAGCUGGGAGCAGGGCCCUCAAAGAGAGCAGGUGCACACCCCACCAAGGACGAGAGUAAGGAAUCAGAUUUCUGGAAGAUGCUUCAUGAGCCAGAGGAGCAGACCCCUCGGGUGGAGGAGGCUCAGGCUGAGGAGCAGGAACCCAACAUUGAGACAGCAGAUCCAGCUCCUGCCCCUCCCCAAGAUUUUCAGAACAAUGUGCAGGUCAAAGUCAUCCGGAGUCCUGCGGACUUGAUUCGAUUGAUAGAGGAGCUGAAAGGUGGCGCAAAAAAGGGGAGGCCAAACGGAGGCCCAGAGCAGCCUGCAGAGGAUGCCGCUGAAGGCCCUCAGAGGGAAGCAGAGUUGAAGGAAAAGAGUGACACAGACCAUCAGAACGAGGUGGAGGAAGAGGAGGAAGAGGAGGAGGAGGAAGAUGAAGAUGAGGAUGAACAGCAGUUACUGGGAGAGUUUGAGAAGGAACUGGAAGGGAUACUGCUCCCGUCCGACCGCGAGCGGCUCCGGUCAGAGGUGAAGGCUGGCAUGGAGCGGGAACUGGAGAACAUCAUCCAGGAGACAGAGAAGGAGCUGGACCCAGACGGGUUGAAGAAGGAAUCUGAGCGCGAUCGGGCAAUGCUGGCCCUGACAUCCACUCUCAACAAACUCAUCAAAAGGCUGGAGGAAAAACAGAGUCCAGAGCUGGCACAGAAGAAGCACAGGAAAAGGAGGGUUGUCCCCAAAAAGCCUACCCCUUCCCCCAAAACAGCAGAGGAGGAUCCUGAGCACAGAGUCCGGGUCCGGGUCACCAAGCUCCGUCACGGAGGCCCCAAUCAGGAUCUGACUGUCCUCGAGAUGAAACGGGAAAACCCACAGCUGAAACAAAUCGAGGGGCUGGUGAAGGAGCUGCUGGAGAGGGAGGGGCUCACAGCGGAAGGGAAAAUUGAAAUCAAAAUCGUGCGACCAGGGGCUGAAGGGACAGAGGAGGACGCACGUUGGCUAACUGACGAGGACACGAGAAACCUCAAGGAGAUUUUCUUCAAUAUCUUGGUGCAGGGAGCAGAGGAGGCGCAGAAAGAGCGGCAACGGCAGAAGGAGCUGGAGAGCAAUUACCGCCGAGUGUGGGGCUCUCAAGGCGGGGAGGGCACAGGGGAUCUGGAGGAGUUUGACUUCUGAGACCACCUCUGCCAUCGGCUGGCCAAGGAGUCCAGAGCCUGCCUAGACUGGCCCUGCCUCCUCCUCCCCUCACCCACGCCCGGGGCCCUGAAGGCCAAACAGCAGAGUAGAGCUGAGCUGUGGACCUGGCCUCCUGCUGCCUCCCUCCUGGGGGGUAUAGAGAGGCCCUGGGGUGAGCACGCCACCCCCCGACCACUGCUGCUGCUCAGAGCCACCCAAGACCUCGAGGGCCUGUGGGGUUUACUCUCCCAGGCUUCUCCCCACAGCCCCUUACUUUCUCCCUGGCUCCCUGGUACCCAUCCCCUAACUUGUCGGUUCCUUUCCCCUCCCUCCCUGGAGAGUUGAUGAGAUCUUUUGAGUGAAGGAGGGUGGGGAGAGCAAGAAGAGUGGGGCAGUUCAGCAGGCCCCCCACACCCUGCCUGAGCUGCUCUUUGGGGCCACCGCCUUCCCUUGGAUCAGCUCGGGAUGCCCUACUCCUUUCCCUGCCCACACUGUUCCCUACAAUCCGGGCUUCCAAUUUGAGGUGCCUUCACCUCUGUUUCUGAGGAAAUGGGAGAAAGUUGCCCACCACCUCUGACACGAUCCCACUGAAAAGGGUGGGGUACAGAACCACCCACCAUGUUCUUGAACAAUCAGGUUUCUCAAUAAAGAACUGGACCAUCAA